AUGCCUUCGCAAAUACCCUUGCAAAUGUCCUCGCAAAUGCCCUCGCAAAUGCCAACAAAUUUUUCAAAUUUUUCAUUACAACCAUCAACUAAUUUUUUUUCACAUUACCCUAAUAUUCCAUUACAAGCAUUACCAAAUAUUUCUUUAUAUAUACCAGCAAAUUUCUCUCCACAUUUAUCACAUUCUAUCUCUUUGCAACCUUAUUUUAUACCAUUUCUGAUUUUGUCUAAUUUAUCACAAGGAUCAUUAACGACUUCGUCAAAAUAUAUUCCUGAACUUGAAGAAUUUUUGACAAAAAUAGACAAAGCUGAAAAUGCAAAUGGAGAAAUUUUAGCAUGCUUAUCAGAAUUUCAAAAUCAAGCUAUUCAA